ACGAGUAAUAACUAAUUUAUGUGCAAAUUAUUACAGGUGAAAAGUUAACUUCAUUUUAUUUUAGUCAUAUAAAAAGCCGGACUUUCAAUAAAAACUGAAAAAUAAAUUAAAAUAUCAAAGCUUCAAAGAAGUACUUUUGCACUGGUUUCGUGUAUUUUACACUAAAUACAAAUUUUAAAGCAGAAUCCAUUGCGAAAGUUGCUUCAGUCGAAUUUUAACACAACGCUGAAAAUAAAAUCCGAUAAAGAAAGUCAGGUGCAUUAAUCUGGGCUAGUUCUGAAAUAACCAAUGUGACCAAUCCAAUUUGUAUGAAAAAUCAAUUGCAAACGUUGGAUUCCAUCAGGUUGGGUGUUUUAAAGAGCAGCCUUUAAUCGACAAAACUUCUAAGCUCUAUCAAGCUUGCAUACUCGUACACAAGAAAUAAAAUUGCCUUCUCAAAGAAUUUUAUAAAAUAUAAAAGCGAGAAACAACAAUGUCCAGCGAAAGUGAUAACACGCAACGGUCGCCCUCGUCGCCACCAUCGCUCCCAUCGUCACCACAGCCCCACAAAAGAAUGCGUCUUGAUGAGCAAACGCUGCACGAGAAAGCCACCGCCAUGAAGGAGAAGGGUUUCUCGUUGAGUGCCAUCGAGGAAAUGAAAACACGUGUGGAGGAGAGCAAUCAAAGCGGAGUGCUCGAUCAACAGUUGCGACAAUUUCAAGUGUUAGACGAAGUACAGGGUUCCGGCUCUGAAGAUUCGGACAUUGCCAGCGAAAAUGGCGAUCAAAAUCAUCAGCACGGUGAUGGUUAUGAAUCAUCUGAUUUGGAUAUAGACGAUAAUGAGAUUGAGAAUUUGCUCAACGAGAAUUUACCUGAUGAUUUGAAAGAACCAAAGAAGCCAAAAUAUGAAGAACGCUUUAAAACGGUUUUGGAGGAGAAAGGUCAUAACCAUUUUGAAGUGCUGCCGGAGGGUUGGGUUCAGGUGACACAUAAUAGUGGCAUGCCACUCUUUCUGCAUAAACAAUCACGUGUCGUUUCAGCAUCGAGACCAUAUUUCCUUGGUCAUGGCAGUGUGCGAAAACAUGCAAUACCUUUGGGUGCUAUACCAUGCCUUAAUUAUAGACGAGCAUUGGAGGAGGAGGAGGCGGAGAUGAAGCGUUUGAAUGAAGCAUCAACAAAAGAGGUUUCGGUAGAUGCAACCCGGGAUGCUGACGAGGCUAUAGUGGAUAAUAUUCCCAAAUGUCCAUACACUGGCGCUGUUAGCAGCGCGAUCACCCCUACAGAGUCAAGCCAGUCUACACAAGUUUCAUCUUCGACAAAUGGCAUCGCGGUAAAUAACGAAAACAUGGACACGAGCGACUUGACAGUUUCGACACAGACUGCUGCUACACUUACGACUCCAGCAUCAACCUCUACAACUGCUACACCCACAGCGACAGCGACAACGACACCGGGCGACUUGGCCGCUAAUAUUGCGGCAUUGAAGAGUCUAGUGCCACCUGCAAAAAUUGUCACCGUCACCGAGAAUACACAAAACGAGUCGUUGACGCCAGAAAAAUUGAAUCAGUAUUGCACCAAAUUGUUUAAAUUCAAAGUGAUACGUGUUUUGCGUUUUCGUUCGUGGAAUGCGCGACGCAAAUUCACGAAAAAUCGCAAGCACAUUAAAAACUUGCAACGUCCGACGCUGCCCGAUGGCACUAAACUGAUAAAAUUUCCAAUAUUGGCGCCCAGUGGUGAUGCAAGUGCCAAUACACGGGGACGUAAAGAAUGGAUUAUGAAUCCGAAUGGUAAGAGUUAUGUGUGCAUAUUGCAUGAGUAUGUGCAGCAUGCACUCAAAAAGCAGCCAACAUACGAAUUCAAGGAGUUGGAAAAUGCGGCAACUCCCUACUCGGCAACUGUAUCGAUCAACGAACUGAAAUAUGGCACGGGUUAUGGCACCAGCAAGAAGCAGGCGAAGUCUGAUGCUGCACGCGAAACAUUGGAGAUAUUGAUACCGGAAAUGAAGGACAAGAUCACGGGCAUUAAGCAGGACAAAAAUGCGCCGAAAAGCAAUCACAAAGACUUAUCAGUUUUCGAUGAUAUUAAAAUUCAGGAUCCACGUGUUGCUGAAUUUUGUAACAAAACAACGGAGCCAUCACCGCAUGCUAUAUUGUUGACCUGCUUGCAACGUAAUUUCGGUCUUGGCGAUGUGCAGAUUAAUUAUGAAAUUAAUCGUACGAAAAAUAAAAAGAAUGAAUUCACCAUGACUGUGGGCAAACACACGGCUAAAGUGUUAUGCAAGAAUAAACGCGAGGGCAAGCAACUGGCCUCGCAAGCAAUACUACAGAUUUUACAUCCACACAUUAAGACAUGGGGCUCUCUGCUACGCCUAUACGGCAAUAAUUCAAUUAAGACUUUCAAAGAAAAGAAGCUAGAAGAACAAGAAAUCACUGUACUGCAAAGCAAAGCUGCCAUAAAUCAGCCGAAUUAUGCUAUUCUUGACAAACUCAAGGCAGAAAUGCUUAAAUUGGCUGAAAAGAAUAAAUCCGUUAAAUCAAUGGGCACCUUUGUGCCGCCCAGUGAUGUUGAUUUACCCUCAUCAUCAGGCUCUAAUCUCAAUAAUGUGGAGCUAUAAGCGCAUUUCUUACAUUUUUGUAAAUGUGUGUAGGUUUCGACUGAACUGAAAUAUGACUGAACAAUGAACAACUAAAAUUUCUAAUGCGAUUGUUUUGAAUGAAACCGCCGAAAAAAUUGAAGCACAAAUGAACACUAGAAAAAUAUAUUUAAAUACUUAUCUGUGGUAGCAAAUGAAAAAAGCUGGAGAGAACAUAAGCAAAAACUAAUAAUUGAACUACUAAAAUGGACAGUUACAAAAUAAAUAUGGGGAUAAAAUGCCAAAAUGUGCAUCAAGCAGCUUAACCGUUCUAAACUAAAUUAAUAGAAUUUUACUUAAUCCGACUUUGGAGACACUUUAAUUUGUUGUUACAAUUUCGCUUUACAUACAUACUCGUAUAUCUGUGGCGUUAGGUAUAUUUGAUAUUAUAAUAGGCCCGUACACUUUUUCAUAUAUUUAAAUGCUUUCCUGCAAUAAGUGAGUUUUGGAGUGGUAAUUUUCAUAUCUGAUUAGCUUAGAAGAGCUUCGGGAUAAGCUUUGUUCUUUUAUUGAUUUGAGUUUUAUAGUUUGUUGUAACAGCAUAAACAUUCUCCAUAAAUAUUUAAGGAAUGCUUGUAAAGUGACUAAAGUCGUUGGCCAACUAUGACGCGGGAACGAGUUUCAUCGCUGGCGGGACGUGUUUGAAUUUACUGAAUAAUAUUAGUCGCAACUCGUUUAAUCAAUAUCAGAUACCACAGAUAUGUAAUUAAUGUAUCAGAAAAACCAAACGUUUUUUUAAUUACAUCUAUAACUUCUUUAUAGAUACCAAAAAUAAAUUGUGUUUAACUUUGCUAGGUGUAAAUGUUUAUUAAUUUUUAGGUUUGUACUUAAAACUAAGGCCGGUGAAAGAAAAUAAAGCAAAUUUCAAAGUGUGUUAUCAGAAAUCCCCAAGAACUCUUCACCACCAAUCAGACUAAAAUUUUGUUAUUAAAUAUAUAAUUAGUACAUUGAAAAUAAUGUUUUAGUUUAAACCAUUUAAAAUAUUAAAAACGAUGGUCAUUCUCUUCAGCACAGUAUUUUUUCUAAGCAGUAAAAAAUGUACUAUGUAUCAUAUGUAUGUAUAUAAUUUCACCGGUGCUUUGCAUUACAACAACUUUUAUAAACUAGCUAGAUUGUAAAAAGUAAACGCCUCAACAUUUGGGUUUGCACUAAAGAAAUGUGUUGAGAGUAGUAAAUUAUAUAAUAAAAAAAAUCAUGAACUGCGUUAAAUUUGUUUUUUGUUUACUGUGGGAAGAAAAAAUAUAUUCGUAAGGAAAUCUUACAAAAAUGUGUGAUAGCCAGUUUUUACCUUUUCAUUAUACAAGCAUAUGCUGUAAUAGGAAGGAUUAGUGGCCGUGAGACCCGCCUGUUACUCGAAGAAAUUUGUUUUGGAUGAUGAAGCAACUAAUGGACUAAUAAAGUGGAAUAAAAUCGUAUAUGUUUAACGUGAGGACUUUACGGCUCUCAAAAGAGCCAUCUUUCAUUGACACGCCACGGCAAAAACUGUGCACUUGGGCUUUCCGUUACAACGUUGCAAAAUUUAUGAUUUGGGUAUUUCUUUAUUGGUUAUAAGAAAAAGAAGUCGCAUUCAGACUAUUAUGUAUCUCAUUUAUAACUGAUUUUUAAAAAUUUAAAUGAAUUUCUAAUUAAUUAUAUAUUUUUUUAGGUAAACUGUAGAGCUUUCUAUACAUCACCUGAGAUGAAAAAUCUUGCAGACAAGACUUAAACUAUCAACUUGGCGAAUGAGUUCCGUUGAAAACCUAAUGUUAUCUCGUUGAAAGAACAACUUUUGAUUGCGUAAAAGACGGACAUGCACACAAGUCCGCGACAUCCGAAUGCCAUGAAGAGCUGAAGAUGCACCGCAUGACAGUUGAACUGGCAGGACUGGCAUAAUUACAUAUCAGAUAUGGAACAUUUUAAACUCCUUAUUCGAAAUUCUCAUUCUAAGCAUAUUUCCCAUAGGUAAAGAAGGUUCGUAUAGAGCUAACCACAACCUUAUCUACACCUUCACACCCUCACCUUUUCUAUGCCGUUUGAUGAUUUCGAUGACAAUAUUUCAUGGGUUCACAGGCCUUAGUAAUGCUGCUACAACAAUGUUCUCAGGCCUGACGAAGUUGUGCUACAGGGAUGAACAGAUUAUACAAUAUUACUCGUUUAGCAUUCUACAAAAGUUCAUGGGUGUUUUCAGUCAAAAAAUGAAAUAAAAAAUAAUAAUAAUAAUAAGUGCACCUACAUAUGUAUGUAAAGUGCAUAAAAAAUGUGUAUGUAUGUUUAAAAAUGGACUUACAAAUUGUAUUCUUUUUAAAAAGUGAAUAAAAUCGAAAUGAAACGUUUA